CCAGCACUUCCUCCUUAGAAACCCUUUACAAAUUGCUAUAGGACAUAUAUUUGCUGUUUUUUUUUUCCUUUUUUUGGAAAGAUAAGACAGUGGGGGUAGCUAGUAUCAGCACUCACUCCCCAACUCCUGCUCCCAGCUUGGGCACAGCCUCCUCGCAGUGCUUUCUCUGUAGACGCUCAUCAUGCUGCAGCUGCUCAUACUCCUGGCUGUGACAACAGGGUGGCCCGUCAGGUGUCAGGAGGAGCAGGUGAGGGUGCAUGAGAGGAGCAACUUGACCCUGUUCUGCCGCUACAACAUCCCGAAGUACCGGCUGCACAAGAAGUCCUGGUGCCUCCAGCAGGGGGCAGGAGGGUUCAUGCCACUUGUUGGCACUGACGGCUACUUGGCUGAUAGCUACAAGGGCCGGGUGUCCAUCGUGGACCUGAAGAAGAGUGGGAUGGUAUUAGUUAGGAUGGCCGGGCUGCGGGAGAGCGACUCGGGAAACUACGGAUGCGCUGCCAGGAUGUUGUAUGGACUGGAGGUCCUGCACAGCAUUGAGCUGCAAGUCUACACUGAUGCAGAUGCACAUUCGGUAUCUACAGAAACCCCUGCACAUGAAAGAUUCCACCUUGCUGCACAGGAAAUACACGGGAGCAAAUCACAUGGGGAGGGAGACAGACCCCUCCUGUGGGGCAUCUUGCGAUGGGUUUUGUUUGGAGUGAUGGCAUCGUGCCCAGUGCUGGUCUGCAUCAUUGCGCGGUCUGGGAGAGAGAAAACCAGCCAGCAGCUUGUGAAGGAGGGGGUGCUUCGUGUCACGUUUUCCAGGAACCCAGAAGUAGCAGCCUCUGUCUGCACUGAGGAGGUCCAGCCGUGACCAAGAGGAGCCAGGAACAGAAUGAUACCUGACAGCCCUGCAGUAGCUCUUCACUCACUUUCAGCUUCCUCGAGCCACUGCUAUCGACACGAAUAAACAAUGGACAUUUCCCCCUUUGUCGAAAGGACUGAAACAAGACAUUACUUGCUCCAGAUCUGAGCGCCAGAAGACAGUUUCUUAAGGCCACAGGUAUAUAGCCUUAGGUGGUCACUUGACAGUACCCGGGAUAUCAUCUCUAUAUAACCUGUAUACUGUACCUUUGAUUGUAAUAAUCAAUCUGAAUAGCUCUUAAGAAGCUGACUUAUUAUUAGCUUAGAAGCUAUGUCACAACAAAUUAAAAUAUUUUAAUAAAAACAUUUUUAAAAUGAAGGUUCAUCAGAUGUCUAAAUUAAUCAACUGAAGUAAUUAGUAAACUAAUGUUUUUCAUUCAGCAAAUAAAUCAUAAACAGAAAUGUAUUGCAAAGACUAAACAGGGAAAGUUGUUCAAGAAAGGUACAAUACUUGUACCAAUGUGUAGCAUUGAUGGUGAAGUAAGAGACAAGAUGUAAAAAGGGUUAACUUAAGUCAGUUCUGCCUGAAAAUUAGACUUCUACGC